AUGCAUAUCAAGCCAUUCCUCCUUCCUGCCCUUGCGGCUGUUGCGCAGGCUGCUAGUUACUCUGGCGACCUUCGGCCUCAAACACACUUCUCUCCACCUUCCGGCUUCAUGAACGAUCCCAACGGCCUCUUCUAUGAUGGCAAGAGGGGCGUGUAUCACUUGUACUAUCAGUACAGUCGCUGGGAAUCAGCACUGGGGCCAUGCCACCAGCCUGAUCUAUACCACUGGACAAAUCAGCCUAUCGCCCUCGCUGGGGACAAGCCUGAAGAAUAUAUCUUUUCAGGCUCUGCUGUGGUGGACAGCAACAACACCUCAGGAUUCUUUCCCGAUCAGGACGACGGUGUGAUAGCCAUCUACACAGUCGAUACCCCGACACUUGAAACACAGCACAUUGCUUAUUCCCGCGAUGGUGGAUACACUUUCACCAAGUAUGAGAACAACCCGGUCAUCGACAUUGGCUCGAAGCAGUUCCGUGACCCGCAAGUAGUGUGGCAUCCCGAGACUCAACAAUGGGUGAUGACUAUUGCCUAUGCGCAGGACUUGGUCAUUGGAUUUUACACAUCACCCAAUCUCAAAGACUGGACGCAUGUGUCGAACUUCACCCAGGCAGGGCUGCCGGGCGACCAAUUUGAAUGUCCCAACUUGGUCAAGUUUGCUGUGGAUCCCGCUGUGUCCAAAGAGACUAGCAAGUACGUGCUUUUCAUUUCCGUGAAUCCUGGCGCUCCUCUCGGGGGUUCGGGAACGUUUUAUGUGGUUGGGGAUUUCAACGGCACCCAUUUUACAUCCGAAGUUACCCAGGAGACGCUUUUUGAUUUCUCCAAGGACAACUACGCUGCUCAGUGGUAUUCUGGCAUUCCUGAGAACGAGCCUCCUGUCUCCAUUGGCUGGGCUAGCAACUGGGAUUACACCCAAGAGGUUCCCACUGGCCCUCUCGAAGGCUGGAGGAGCGCCAUGACUUUACCUAGAACGCACGCCUUAACUAAAGUUAAUGGAGUCUGGACUGUGACUCAUAGCCCGUUUGAGGGCCUCUCUGCUAUUAAGGGUAGGCAGCUUGUGAGCAAGAGCUUCCAGUCAGGAGACGUGAAAGCGAAUUUCUCUGGGGUCCCAUCGAAGGCUGUAUAUUUUGAUGUGAUGCUGAAGGGCAUCGAUGUUGCCAAGCCUGCGGGACGCGUGAGCUUUAACUUCACCUCGUCUGCAUCGGGAGAAUUCCUCGACGGAGGAGUGUCCCUGGAUGACCGUUCUUUCUGGAUCAACAGAGCUGGAACCCAUCUUUUCACGAUUGAAGAUAAUGGGAACUACACAUCCUCUUCCACAACCACUAUCUCAUCAUUUGGCAACGGCACGUUCAGCUUUUCGGGGGUUAUCGACCGCUCUGUGUUUGAAGUCUUCCUUGGUCAGGACGGGAUCCAGAGCGGAACCAUGACAUUCUUCCCAAGCUCCCCACUCGAUACCUUGGCUGUUUCCGCAGAGGGUCUCAGUGGUCGGACUAGUGUUAGUGUCAAGGCUUGGGGUCUCCAGAGCGGCUGGAACUCAACGACAGCCAGCAAGAGGUUCCGCGCCUGA